AUUAUGCAGACAUUCUGGAUACAACUCCUACAGACUCAGAUCACAACAUCACUCUAUUAGAAGCUACUUUAUCAGCUACUCCAAUAUCACUUUACAAACAAUCUAAGCAGAAAAUAACUCUCUGGAAAUAUGCAACUGAUGAACAAAUAGAAAAAUACUAA